UAUCUGUCUGUGAUAGGUUGAGUGUAGCAGUAAGACCUAGUGAUCCUAAGAUUUCUUCUGUAGAACUAGAUUUGGGCAUGUAGAGGUAAUUCAUAAGAAGUGGCUCGAAUAUCAGACACAUUUUGAAAGUUGGAUCCAGCAGAGCUCCUCCUACAUAAAACAAAGGCUUUAGCCCUAAGGUUAUUGAAAAUCCAUUAAGCAGAGAAGCUGUUCCUUGAGGCAAAGUUCAGUGCUACUGCAGAAAAAUUCAAUUACAACUGGACAUAUUCACAUAGAGAGAUUUCAAGAUAGUAAAUCUUGGAGAAAUGGCUUUCAUUUGUUUGUAUAACAGAUGCCUGGCUAUCUUUCUUAUUUGCAUAGCGUUUGGCUAUACUUCAUCUUCAGAUCUUGAGAUAAAAGUUAAUCCCCCUGAGGAUUUUGAGAUAGUUGAUCCUGGAUAUUUAGGUUUCCUGUAUUUACAAUGGCAACCUCCAGUGUCUCUGGAAAAUUUCAAGGCAUGUGCAGUAGAAUAUGAAUUAAAGUUUCGAAGCAUUGGUGGUGGAAGAUGGAAGACUGUCAUUACUAAGAAUCUACAUUACAAAUAUGGAUUUGAUCUAAACAAGGGCAUUGAAGCCAAAAUCCACACGCUUUUGCCAAAGCAAUGCACGAAUGGAUCAGAAGUUCGAAGUUUGUGGUCAGAAGCUACUUACUGGAUGCCAGAACAAGGAAAUUUGGAAACCAAAAUUAAAGAUAUGGAUUGCAUAUAUUACAACUGGCAAAAUUUGCUCUGUUCUUGGGAACCUGGCAAGGGUGUACACUUUGAUGCCAAUUACUACUUGUUUUAUUGGUAUGAGGGCUUGGAUCAUGCGUUACAGUGUACUAAUUAUAUCAAGGCUAAUGGAAAAAAUGUUGGAUGCAGAUUUCCCCAGUUGGAGUCAUCAGACUAUAAAGAGUUCUAUGUCUGUGUUAAUGGAUCAUCAGAAUCCAAGUCUAUUAGAUCCAGCUAUUUCAUUUUUCAGCUUCAGGAUAUAGUGAAACCUUUCCCACCAGACUAUCUUAGUAUUAACGUGAAGAAUUUACUUGAAAUUAACCUACAGUGGAGCAUACCAAGAGGAUCUAUUCCAGCCAAGUGCUUUAUUUAUGAAAUUGAGUUCACUGAAGAUGAUAUUGCUUGGGUGACCACCACAUUUGAUAAUGAAAUGUACAUCAUGAGAACAUCAAAUGAAAGUCAUGAGUUAUGCUUUUCAGCAAGAAGCAAAGUGAACAUUUAUUGUGCAGAUGAUGGGAUUUGGAGUGAGUGGAGUGAUGAAAAAUGCUGGAAAGGUGAAACAUGGGAAGAGACUUUGUUAUUUUUUGUGAUACCAUUUGCUGUUGUGUCACUUUGUAUUUUGUUAACAACCUGUUUGGUUUUGUAUAAACAAAAAUCUGUACUGAAAAUGGUUUUUCAUGCGAGAAAGGAAACUUUUCCUCAUUGAACAUCAUUCUGUUGACUUACUAAUUUCUACUAAUGUGGUCAAGUGUUAAACAUGAGUGUUAUUAAACAGAUUUUUUUUCUUCAAAUGGUGGAUGCACUUUAUUUUAAAGCAUUGUUGUGUUUAACUGGGCUUUAGAGUACUCAAACCCUCAGCUAGAAGUAAACUGACUGGAGUUUCUUCACAGGUUAGAGUGCUACACAUAGAGAAGUCGAGGGAUGGAUCAAAUUUUAUUCAAUGGUAUAUUAGUAGAACAAUGUGAUUUCACAAAUUCCACUAAGACAGAGAUAUUGCCAAAUGUUGGAAGAUGACAUCCUAGCUUGUUGUUGUUUGUUUUAAAUUUCACCAUGAAUGUUUAAAUUGAACCGUGAAAUGUUCACAUUUCGCCAUGAAUAGGAUUGUUUGGCUUUAAAUGUAAUGUGUGGAGAAGGUUAAUAGGAAGCAAGAAGUUUUAAAUACAUUCAUAAUCCUAAAUGUAUGUUUUGUAAUUUCAUGAGAGAAAAGAGUAGGACUACAGUGCUUAAAAGGCUGAAAAUAGGGGUUAGUAUUUGGCCUAGCAUUUAAGACUCCACUCCUCCUGCUUUUAAGAUUUAAUUAUUUCAUUUGAAAGGUAGAGUUACGGAGAGAGAGAGAGAUACACACACACAGAGAUCUUCAUCUGCUGGUUCACUCCCCCAGUGGCCACAAUGGCUGGUGUAGGGCCAGGCAGAAGCCAGGAGCUAGGAGCUAGGAGCUUCUUCCAGGUCUCCCACGUCGGUGCUGGGACCCAAGGACUUGGGCCAUCUCCCACUGCUUUCCCAGGUGCAAUUGUAAGGAUCUGGAUCAGAAGUGGAGCAGCCAGGUUCUGACCUGGCACCCAUAUGGUAUUGCAGGUGGCGGGCUUAAUCCACUGCUCCACGACUCUGCCCUCCCCACCACCAGGAACAAUGUAGAGUUAAGCUCAUAGACAGACUACAUAGCUAUGACUAACAUUGCCACUGCCUAAGCAGCCAAGUUCCGACCUGGCACCCAAAGAGUAUUGCAGGUGGUGGCUUAACCCACUGCUCCACAACUCUGUCUCCCCACCUCCAACAAACUUUUUGAACUUCCCUCACAUAAUGUAGAGUUAAGCUCGUAUACAGACUACAUAGCUAUAACUAACAUUGCCACUGCUCAUUUUUUUAAAAAAGAUUUAUUUAUUUGAAACUCAGAGUUACACAGAGAGAGAAGGAGAGGAAGAGAGAGAGAGAGAGAGAGAGAGAGAGAGAGAGUCUUCCAUUUGCUGGUAUACUCCCCAAUUGGCUGCAAUGGCCGGCUAAGAGCCAGGAGCUUCCUCCAGGUCUCCACGUGGAUGCAAGGACUCAAGCACUUGGAGCAUUCUCCACUGCUUUCCCAGGCCAUAGCAGAGAGCUGGAUCAGAAAUGGAGCAGCUGGGACUCUAACUGGUGCCCAUAUGGAAUGCUGAUACCGCAGGUGGUGGCUUUACCUGCUACACCAAAGCACCAGCCCCACCGCUGCUCAUUUCUUAAAGGGGAUAAAACUCUAUAACUGAGGUGAAUACCAGACUAUCAGUGUUUACUAUCACUUGUAAUCAAUUAUAGGGUGCACCAGUCUUUCUCUAUGUAGACCUGCACUUUUCUCAUUUUUUUGGAAGAUUUAUUUAUUUAUUUGAAAGACAGUUAGAGAAGGAGCCUGCAUUUUGAUGUACCCUUGUAUAUCUAUGUAUACUCAUUCUUGCAUAUAUACAUUCAUAUAAGUAUUUGCAUAUAUGUCCAUCUGUAUCUAUAAAGAUUAAUCAUGAAUUCCUAUCAGUGUAUCCAUUGAUAUCCCAUUACCAAAUGGAUCCUUCUUGCCUUUUCCCUUUGCUUAUUUGUGACCUUCCCCACUCCACCCCAAACUUCAACAAUGAGAAAUCUCUCCCAAUGAGAAAUCUAUUUAAUUGUUCAAAUAGAUACAUAUAGUGGUAUCAGAAUUAUGAACUUGUACCUUUAUAGGAAACUUCAUUACCUAGAGCACUGUGUUUAUGUAAAUUUUCUUUUGUCUUUCAUCUUACUCAUUUCCAAAGUUACUACAGUCAGCCCUGUUUUUCCCCACCCACUUUGGUAGGCUUGUUUCAUAUAUUUGUAAUGCAUAUUGUCAUAUAUAAGUCAUAUUGUUUGUGACAAUCUUCAUCCCAUUUUGACAUUGCUCUGACCUCUUAAAUGAUUUUUUUUAGUAUACAUCAAUUCUGUAAAAAAUAAUGUAAUCCUGUCUUUUGCAACAAAAUGGACGCAACUGGAGACCAUUAUGCUUAGUGAAAUAAGCCAGUCCCCAAAAGAUAAAUGUAUGUUUUCCCUGAUGUGUGGUAAUUAAUAUACAGAGUACCAGAAAAUGUAAUAAUAUGUGAGCAAAACUGACAUUUUGAGAUUUGAUUAUUGUUUAUAGCCCUUGACUAUACUCUUGAGGAACAGUGGUUUUUCUACUGACUACUUGCUGAAUUCUUCAUUUAGUGGAGGAUUUAAGCUUGUGAUGAUAAAGUAAAUUCAAAGCAUGUCAUUAUAAAAAUUAAAAGUAAAGAAGGACAUGGGGGGUGGGAGUGAAUGAGGGUAGGGUGGCAAGUAUCAUUG